AUGACAGAAGGGACCAACAUGCCAGAGGGGGACACAGCCGGUAAGGAUGCCGUGCCCACCGGGGUGCCAGCAGAGGAGAAGCGGCAGGAGGAGGCGGAGGAGGAGAAGAAGGAGAAGAACGGGGACAGCAAAGUGACCAUACCGGGACAAACCGCGGAGGAGGUCGAGUUUGUGCACCCGGAGGGAGGCUGGGGCUGGCUGGUCAUGCUGGCCGCCAUGUGGUGUAACGGUUCCGUGUUUGGGAUCCAGAACGCCUUCGGGAUCCUCUUCCUCUCCCUCCUCCGGGAGUUCGGCUCCGAGCACGACGAGGACCUCCGCUUCAGGACAGCAUGGGUGGGCUCUCUCUCCAUGGGGAUGAUCUUCUUCUGCUCUCCCAUCGUCAGCGUCUUCACCGACAUCCUCGGAUGCAGAGUCACCGCAGUGGGCGGCGCUGCUGUUGGCCUGGUUGGCCUACUGGCCAGCUCCUUUGUCACGUCCCUGGGCCCCCUGUAUUUCACCUAUGGCAUUGUAUUUGCCUGUGGCUGCUCUUUUGCCUACCAGCCCAGCUUGGUCAUCUUGGGCCACUACUUCAAGAAGCGCCUGGGUCUGGUCAAUGGCAUUGUGACGGCCGGCAGCAGCAUCUUCACCAUCACCUUGCCCUUCGUGCUGUCGGGCUUGCUGGAAAAAGUGGGCCUCCAGAACACCAUGCGCGUUCUGUGCAUCCUUAUGUUCAUACUGAUGCUGGCUGGCUUCACCUACAAGCCCCUGAUGCCAGUCAAACCCAGCAACACCCGCACAGGAAGCAAGUGCCCGCCCUUGGGUGAGAUCUUCAACAUCAAUAUCUGGAGGUCUUUGGGAUAUCGCAUUUGGGCUUUCGGAAUCCCUGCAGCCCUCUAUGGCUACUUUGUGCCUUAUGUUCACCUGAUGAAGCAUGUGGAAGAGCGUUUUGGAGAAGACACCAAUAAAGAAGUUCUGCUCAUGUGCAUCGGCAUCACGUCUGGCGUGGGCCGUCUCAUCUUCGGCAGGGUGGCAGACUAUGUUAAUGGAGUCAACAAAGUCUACCUGCAGGUGGCUUCCUUCUUGGUCAUCGGCCUCAUGUCCAUGAUGAUCCCUCUGUGUAACAUCUUCGGAGGGCUGAUCGCCGUGUGCCUGCUGAUGGGGCUGUUUGACGGCUGCUUCAUCUGCAUUAUGGCCCCUAUCGCUUUUGAGCUGGUCGGAGCCAAAGACGUGUCUCAGGCCAUCGGCUUCCUGCUGGGCCUGAUGUCUGUGCCCAUGACUGUGGGGCCCCCCAUUGCAGGUUUCCUGAGAGACAGACUGGGUAGCUACGACGUGGCCUUCUACCUGGCAGGCAUCCCCCCGAUCUUCGGAGGAGCCGUGCUAUGUCUGAUACCGUGGGUGGAGGCCAGGCGCAAGAGAAGGGAGAAGGAGGAGGCCCUGAACAAAGAGCAGGACGUCACCCAGAAGAUGAUUGAGCACGAGAAAGCUCAGGAAGACACACGAAGCAAAACAGGGGAGUCUGUCCUCUAAGUGCCUCGCUGAACAGACUGAGAGAGACACACACGGGGUCAGACUGAGACCGCCGAGGACUGAGAUACAGUAUCUGUGUUUUUAGCCGAUUGUAAUGACUGCCUUGAGUAGGAGAAAAUGCCAAAGUGAUGAAACAUAUCAGAUAGUCAUAGGUUGAAGUUUAACAUGAAUGUGAUCCUGCAGAACUAUGCAUUAGAUAGUUAGAUGAAUCUUGCAACACACAAACUUGAGGUUUGAAAUUGAAACUGAGAAAACAGCACAUGUAAUAUCAGUCACAAGGGAAAGAAUACAUGCAAUGAAUGCAGUGCGAAAGCUGCUGACUUACAUCUUUAGCCAGUGUCUUUACCAAAAACACUUUCAGAAGGGAAAGGCGGAUUUACACCAUUCUUUACAAUUAGUUUUCAACAGUACCGUAUGGUUUUAGAUGUAGAAAUAUGGCAUAAAAAGAACACGUAUUGGAUUACACAAGACAGCAACCCAGUCAUGUGGGGGAACAUAACUUGAUUUAGCUUCAGUCAGUAUCAUUGAUUAGCAUCAGUGCAAAGCAAACUGGUCUGCUAAAGAUUUCUCCUUAAACCUGCCAUCUUUAUCGUCUCCAGUGUCCCAUCAGACAGGAUCCUCCUGUUAACAACAUCUUAAAGCAUGCCAAAAAUUGUAAACAGGGGUAAUCUGUUCAUAGUAUUUCAAAGAGACAUACAAAAGAGUGCUCUGAGAGAUUCAGAGGUCAUUAUUAGUGUCAGCCAUGAGACUCUGGGGCUGUAAAGGUGCUUGGACACUUCAAGGGACGCUGCUUGAAGCACAAAGAUUUUCCAUCCCGUCUGAACCACGGACACACAGCUCUGUCCCCCAGGCUGGAUCCAGGAAAUCUCAUCUUUAAUACAACAGACUGCACUCAAGGCUGGAUUACCAACUGGGCAAGUCAUGGCCCCAGACCCUUGGGGUCCCAAAGGCUCCAUGUUCACUAUGUUGCAAUUAGCUCAUGGUAAGUAAUUGCACUUUAGUUUGGUAUGUAUGCACCACUAAAUCAGAGUAUAAUCUGCAGCGAUAAGGAAUGUAAAGGGACAGUUCACCCCCAAAUCAAAAACACAUAAUUUUCCUCUUACCUGUAGCGCUGUUUAUCAAUCUAUACUUUUGAGAUACAAGCUGCUGAGAUAUCAGUCAGAGAUAUCUGCCUUCUUUCCAAUAUAAUGGAGCUAGAUGGCGCCCGGCUUGCUGUGUUCAAAGCACCAAAAAAAUACAUUUGAAACCUCAACAGCAAUGUUUCUUUCCAGAAAUCAUGACCUGGUUACUCAAGAUAAUCCACAGACCUUGUUGUGAGCAGUUUCAUGAAGGAACUAUUUUCUGUUUACCCAAUUACAGCAGCCAACCAUUAUCACUGUACAGAAGGAAGAGUGCAUCUACUCACGGACCCAGUGAUAUGUUUGGUGGGUGGAUUAUCUUGAGGUCUGUGGAUUAUCUUGAAAAACCAGGUCAUGAUUUCUGGAAAGAGACAUUGCUGUUGAGAUUUUCAGAU